AUGUCCGACCUGUCAGGGUCACGCUACCCCGUGCCCCCUCCUCCGCCACCUCCACAAAAGUACUCGCGUGCUGCCAACGCGCUUGCCCGAUUCGCGCCGUUCUUCUCCGGGUCGAGGCCCCCCAGUCCGCAGAAUAACCGGGUCGAUGGUCCCCGGCCGAUCAGGUCCAAAUCACUUCCAGGUGAACCGCAGACGGUCACACACCGUACCGGUAUCCCGAUUGUCGCUCUCGACAUCUCCCCCCAACAGACCCAUGCCGUGAUCGGGGGUAAAGAUAUCCUCAAAACCAUCCGAGUCUCGCCUGACCACUCAUCGGAGGAAUUUAAUAUUCGCAAUGCAGUGGUGAGCUAUGCAUCUACCCACCAUGAUGCGGGUGUGUCAAUGCCACAUAAGGACCAGUUGAAUGUAAAGGAUGUAAAGUGGUCACAUGGCAAUUACGACCGGACAAUCGCCACGGCUGUAGCCAAUGGUCGGAUUGUCGUUUACGAUCUGCAGCGGCCCGGUCUCCAAUUAUGUCGCUUCCAGGGACACAACCGGCAGGUCCACAGGCUUGCAUUUAAUCCUCACCUCGCCUCUUGGCUGCUGUCCGGCAGCCAAGAUGGGACCAUCCGCAUGUGGGAUCUGCGAUCGGCCUCUACGAAUCGCAGCCUUUCCACGUGCGGCAGCAAGCAUGUGUACCAGGGCAAUAGCGACGCGAUCCGGGACGUUCGGUGGUCCCCCAGCGAUGGCGUCGUGUUUGCGACCGCCUCGGACAGCGGCGCCAUUCAGAUGUGGGACACGCGAAAGACCAACGCCCCGCUGAUGCGCAUUGCGGCUCAUGAUCGUCCGUGUUUCGCUGUCGACUGGCACCCGGACGGGAAGCACAUCGUCAGCGGAGGCACAGAUCGGCAGGUCAAGGUCUGGGAUUUCUCCUCGUCUGCAGAGCGACGGCAGAAACCUACGUUUCAGUUCCGAACCCCCCAGCCCGUAACUAAUGUUCGCUGGCGCCCUCCGUCGUGGGUCGGUGAUUCCCCUGGGUCGGGUGAAUGGCAGUCCUCUCAAGUCGUCACCGCUUAUGACAAAGAAGACCCACGUAUUCAUCUUUGGGACCUUCACCGGCCUCAUGUGCCGUUCCGAGAAUUUGACCGAUAUGACUCGCCUGCAAGUGACCUGCUUUGGCACUCGAAGGACCUAUUAUGGACUGUCGGUGAGGUCGGGGCAUUUACUCAGACCGAUCUUCGUUAUGCACCCACGGUGAGCACUCGGCGGCCGACAUGUUCGGUCGCCUGGAGCCCCAAUGGCGCGUUCGUUGCAUUUGGCUCAAAGCGUCCUCGGCGUCGAGCUCACGGAACCAAUGCUCCCCAAUUUCUCCAGGUUGAGGAGGAUGCAGCUAGCAACGGAGAGCGAUCAUUGAGCCAGAGUCCGGCCGAUGACAUGCUCGAUGAAGAGGUUCUAGCUUCCUCACUUCGGCACCGACAGACCAAAGCCACCGUCACUCGCCCUUCAAAAUCUCUGGGUAGCACACCACCAGGGGCUGUGGACAGUGUCCCUAUCCUGCCCCUGGACCUAGCUUUGGCCAAGAAUACCACACCAGGCCCCGAUCAGCUGGGGGCAAUUGGACACAUCCCUGGUGCCACAAAUGAAGAAUCCCUAUUCCGAUAUUUGGCACGCCACUAUUCACCUCUGAUGAUCGACUAUGAUCGCCAGCAAAGCCACGUCGAUAUGCUCAAUUCCUUGAUGGACUCACUCGACCAGAAUGCCGAGAGCGCAGAUGAUGUGUCCCUGACCAAGUUAGCUCAGACUUGGCGCAUCGUGAAGUUUGCCAUCACCCAGGAGCUUCAGCGCAGGUCGCGGGAGCAGCCAUCAGGCAAAAGUGGAGUAAGGGGGAAGUCCUCUAAGGACGGCCUUUUGGGCGACAAGUCGCGAACAGUCGACGAGAACCGUCAGGGGAAGGUAAAAAGUCGGUUGUUCAAGGGAGUCAUGGAGACGGAAGGUCCGAAAAGCCAUGGGACAGAGGCAGAGAGCACAUCGAACAUGACUACGCCUCUCGCACGGCCUUUGCCCGACUCCCCACAAAUGGAAUCGUGGAGUAGCGAUUCCCAAAUCCCCUCGUUGGAUGAGAACGCCGUUGAUAUUGACCCUCUACCGCCGUCAGUGUUGAGUUCGCAUAACGGCUGGAGCAUACCAGACCAUGAUAAUCGUCUCACCGCUCCUUCGCCGUUGCCGGAAGGCCAGUCGCUAUCGAGUGAAGAUGUAUAUUCCUCGACAGGUGUCGUAUUUGAUCGUCUACGUGACCCAGCAUUGGAUCCGGAGAGCGAGCAGCGAUCUGCACCCAGGGCAAUUGCUGGGAGAGUAGACUGGCGUACUCGCAAUCAUCCAGACUAUCCUCGCGGAGCAUCUGAGGACGAUUAUGACCAACAAAUGGAGGACAAGCGGGCCGCCAUUCGGGAUUACAAGCAGUUUCCCAAGACAGUACUAACGCUGGAUCCAAUGGAGUCGAAUCGCCCUCCUGCACCCGAGGGGUACCAUCGCCAUGACUCGUCAGAGAGUUUCCCCAUGUUUUCCGCAUCAGAUAGUUCACAUCCUUCAAAGUCCAUGGGGGCCUCAUACUCAUCCAAUAAUCGAUUUCCAGAGCGGCGACCGUCCGAUUCUGGCCAAGCUGGAUCAUAUGGGGGCAGGUCUGCUGUGUCGGCCAGAAGGGGGUCUAAUCUGGAGCCGCCACCAGAAGAGCUGGAUGAAGAUCUUGAGUUUGAUGAGUCCGCCAUAGAGGCAGAUCGGAUCCAUCUUCAACGGCCCUCUACUCCUCCUGUCUUAUCGACCGAAUCCACCCCACUUGAACGCCCAGAAUCGAUAGACGAAUUCCUGUCUCCAAACCAGACGGUGUCUGUCGAUAUCUCCGCUUAUCCAACGAUGGCAGGAAUCUAUGAAGAUCUCUCUCAGGUCAAAAUUCCUCUACCUGCGGAUUCAGCCGAACCAAAGCCGUGGAGCAUUGAAUCCAUUCUCAAGGAGGCGGUUCGAUACUACCACAGCAACAACAGCUCUGUCGAUAUCCAGACUGCAGCACAUCUACUCCAGAAACUCCACGUCCUCUUCCAGGAUUGUGAACAGAUCCUUCCUUAUGAGGAGAGUGAAAUGAUCUUCAAGACCUACAACGAAUACCUCAUUCGGCAUUCCAUGGACUUGGAGGCUGCCGAGCUCCGUCUAUCCUGCGUGCCAACCUACCCUGCUGUCUACGAUUAUGCCCAGGCUGACACCUACAUCAAUGUAUUCUGCUACACUUGCCAAAAACCCUACGAAAACCCCAAGCGUGACAACACCCGUUGCUACCGCUGCAGUACUCCACAGGCACCGUGCUCAAUCUGCAUGAGCAUCGACCCGCCUGCUGAAUGGGUCGCUGCACAACGAGACCAGCAACCAACCUCGUUUGGUACCGCAAGCCCUAAUCCAGAAUCCGAGACUAUCUCACACUCAUCAAUCCGAACAGAGGUGGCCCCAAGUUCCGAGAUAGACCAAUUUGAUCACUUCGCUGCACCCCGACCUAAAGGCUCUUCCCUCUGGACCUGGUGCCAAGGCUGUGGUCAUGGUGGCCACGUUGCCUGUAUCACAACCUGGCUGAACGACGUUUCCAUAAGCGAAGGUGGCUGCGCCACUCCCGGUUGCUCGCACGACUGCGGCCCAGGUCCCCGGCGCGACUCCAACCGCAAUGCACUACUUACCGAAUCGAAACGUCGCGACUCCACCAGCCGAAAUUCUGGCGUUGGUCUUGUGAAACGUGAUCCGUGGACAAAGGGCGAAAGUAAGGCCGUUGAGAAAGUCCGCGGUAUGCUCGGUGCUGCCGGUGUUGUCGCUACUACAGGUGGAAACGUCUCUACUACCUCUUCUCCUGGCCCGCCUGUUGCUUCUGGGGCUGUUUCGCCUAAGAAAGUGAGGCUGGUUACACCAGGCGAACAGGGUCUGCGAAGGGGUCCUUCUAAUCGUUCCAGUAUUGCGCCCUCAGAUUAA